UACUUCUGUCCAUUUAUUCUCUUAAACCAACAGUGUAUAUAUACCAUAUAGUACCACCACUGACAGAGCACUCACAAUCAAAACAAAAGUGAUCUCUAAUUUCACUCAGAAAAAUCAUCCAAGUUUAAGCCAUGUCAAGCACAGCUGGUCAGGUCAUUAAGUGCAAAGCCGCGGUGGCAUGGGAGGCUGGAAAGCCAUUAGUGAUUGAAGAAGUGGAGGUAGCACCACCUCAGGCAAAUGAAGUCCGCAUGAGAAUUCUCUUCACCGCUCUUUGCCACACUGAUGUUUACUUCUGGGAAGCCAAGGGGCAGACACCGCUUUUUCCUCGUAUAUUUGGUCAUGAAGCUGGGGGUAUUGUGGAGAGUGUAGGUGAGGGUGUGACUGAGCUCAAACCAGGAGACCAUGUUCUCCCCUGCUUCACUGGAGAAUGCGGGGAUUGCCACCACUGUAAAUCAGAGGAGAGCAAUAUGUGUGACCUCCUUCGGAUCAAUACUGAGAGGGGUGUUAUGCUCAAUGAUGGAAAGACAAGAUUCUCCAAAAAUGGACAGCCCAUUUACCACUUUGUUGGCACCUCCACAUUUAGCGAAUACACUGUUGUUCAUGUUGGCUGCGUUGCCAAGAUCAACCCUGCAGCUCCACUUGACAAAGUUUGUGUACUUAGUUGUGGAAUAUCCACAGGUAUGGGUGCCGCUUUGAAUGUUGCAAAACCCAAAAAGGGUCAAUCUGUAGCCGUAUUUGGAUUGGGUGCUGUUGGCCUUGCUGCUUGUGAAGGCGCAAGGAUGGCUGGGGCUUCAAGAAUCAUUGGUAUUGAUCUGCACUCUGGUCGUUUCGAAGAAGCCAAAAAGUUUGGUGUUACUGAGUGUGUGAAUCCAAAAGAUCAUGACAAGCCUGUUCAAGAGGUGAUUGCCGAGAUGACUGAUGGAGGAGUGGAUCGGGCUCUUGAAUGUACUGGAAGUAUCCAGGCCAUGAUCUCAGCAUUUGAAUGCGUUCAUGAUGGUUGGGGUGUUGCAGUACUUGUUGGGGUACCAAAUAAAGAUGAUUCAUUCCAGACUCAUCCUGUGAAUUUUUUGAAUGAGAGGACUCUAAAGGGUACCUUUUUUGGCAAUUACAAGCCCCGCACUGAUAUUCCUUCUGUGGUGGAAAAGUACAUGAACAAGGAGUUGGAAUUGGAGAAAUUUAUUACUCACUCAGUCCCUUUCUCAGAGAUCAACAAAGCAUUUGACUACAUGCUGAAAGGGCAGUCUAUCCGAUGCAUUAUCCGCAUGGGUGCUUAAAACAUUACUGAUCAAGAUGGUGUGUAUCAUUGAAGCCCAGAGAUCUUGCUAGCAAUUUUGAAUAAGAGUUUAUGAACUUGAUAUGUAAAGAGAAGCAGUUUAUGUUACUUUUUUUUUUUUUUUUUUGAGUGAACAGUUUAUGUUACUUGUUUGUGUUAUCUUAACAAUAAAUAAAAAUUUUAUUUAUGUUCUCCUUU